CGCGGAAGUCGCUCGGGGACCAGGAUCCGCGGGCGGCGCCCGGAGACCCUCCGCCCAGGACGCGCCUCGCCCAGGGGUCUCCAACCUUGGCAACGACACAACCUGAGGACUUCAACCCCCAGAAUUCCCCAGCCGGAGUGGUGAUUUUUGAGACCCUAGUGGGCGAAAGGACUCCUCCAGAAGAUGUCACGAGAGGACCGAGGUGUCCGGACGGCAGAGGAGAACUCUUCUCGCGUCAUUUUUGCGGUCUUUCUGACGCUGUUGAUUGACCUCCUGGGCUUCACCCUCAUUCUGCCCCUCCUGCCCUCCAUCCUGGAUCAUUUCAGCCAGAAUGACGAUGGACUCUACAGGAGGGUACAAGCCGGCGUGGACUGGUUCAGUGGCAGCCUUGGCAUUCCGCCAGAAAGGAAGUACAACAGCGUCUUGUUUGGAGGUCUCAUCGGCUCCCUGUUUUCUCUGCUUCAGUUUCUGGCCUCGCCUCUCACCGGAGCUGCCUCCGAUUCCUUUGGGAGACGACCGGCUCUGCUGGUCACGGCGCUCGGCCUGGUGGCCUCCUAUUCCCUGUGGGCCGUUUCCAGGAGCUUCGAACUCUUCCUUUGCUCCAGAAUCCUUGGCGGGAUCAGCAAAGGGAACGUCAGCCUUUGCACCGCCGUCAUCGCGGAUCUCCCGUGUCCAAAAGCUCGAAGCAAAGGCAUGGCGAUGAUUGGGCUGGCUUUCUCCCUGGGCUUCACCCUCGGGCCGAUGCUGGGCGCCUUCCUCGCUCUGGAGACGGAGAAGGACCAAGUCUUCUACACCAGAGCCGCCAUCUUUGCCACAAUUUUCGCUCUGGCUGAUUUCCUGUUCAUCUUCUUCUGUUUGCCGGAGACGCUCCCCAAGGAAAAACGGGUGUCCUCCGUGGUAUCGGGAUUUCAGUCGGCCUUCGACCUGAUCAGUCCCUGGGCCUUGUUCCGGUUCUCAGCAGUCCAUCACAAGAUGGGAGGACCUUCCAGAGACAAUCUCCAGAUUCUGGGCCUGGUGUAUUUCCUCUACCUCUUCCUGUUCUCUGGCCUGGAGUACACGCUGGGCUUCCUUGUCCAUCAACACUUCCACUUCAGCAGUCUGGAACAAGGGAAGAUGUUCUUCUUCAUCGGAGCCACCAUGGCCGCCAUCCAAGGAGGCUACACUCGCCGGAUUAAGCCGGGAGCAGAACUGCGGAUGGUUAAAAUCGCGAUCAUGCUGUCGGCUCCUGGCUUCCUUUUAAUUGGCUGGAGCACUAAUAUUAUCAUGCUCGGUGGAGGACUCCUGCUUUACUCUUUUGCUGCCGCUGUGGUCGUCCCUUGCUUGUCUACGGUGGUAUCCAACUACGGGUUGGACAGCCAAAAAGGAACCGUGAUGGGCAUCUUAAGAAGCCUGGGUGCCCUUGCAAGGGCUCUUGGGCCGGUGGCAUCGGCAACAGUUUACUGGCUGGCCGGAGCUGAAGUUUGCUUCACCAUUUGUGCCUCUCUAUUCCUGCUGCCCUUCGUCCUGCUUCAGUGUAUACCGAAGCACAGCAAACAAGAGUAAACUACUCAGAGGGCCGUUUCCCCGGAAAAUCGAGAAUCGAACUUGAAUUCAAGAAACCGAGUUGACCCUGGAAGAUCUAACCGAGGGUAUUAGUGUCUUUUUCACAGCAGCCUUCCACCUCCUUUGCCUGUAUUUGAGCAGAGGUCCUUCUGCGUCUUUCCGUGGGAGUAUCUGGGUGUGUGUGUGUGUUUGUGUAUGGAUGCCAGGGUCUGAGCAGUGACCCAUGGAAAAAGGACCUUCGGGUAAAGCUGCCUUCCUACAAAUAGGACGGUGAAGAUGCCGACUUGCUCAAUCCAUGAUAAACGAAGCCACCCUCAACCCAAGUCCACUUCCUUCCAGCUGGGAAGGCCUGGGAAUUUUCCUCGUUCAAAGCGGGAUGUUCACUCAAACCUUUACGGAUUGGCCCACAAGGUCUUCGCUAUGAAGCCGUGAGACCCAAACGAUGCCAUGUUUGGUGACGCAACUUUGGAAUGGCAUCUCUUAAGUUUCAGGUAAAGGUAGUUGCUGCCUGUGUUCCCAUAAGGCACUCUCCAUCUGCCUUCACCUAGAUUGCUGCUCUCUCUUUGUGUCCCUGGUGUGCCUCUUCCCUUUUUUCUCUUCCCUCUUUUCUUCGUGUCCCUGUUGUGCCUCUUCCCCCUUUUCGUGUCGCUAUUGUGCCUCUUCCCUCUUUUCUUCGUCUUUUUGUGCCUCUUUUCUUCGUAUCCCUAUUGUGCCUCUUCCCUUUUUUCUCUUCCCUCUUUUCUUCGUGUCCCUGUUGUGCCUCUUCCCUCUUUUCUUCCUGUCCAUUGUGCCUCUUCCCUCUUUUCUUUGUGUCCCUGUUGUGCCUCUUCCAAUUUAUUAGCAUUUGUAUGCUGCCCACUCCCAUUGGGACACUGGGCGGCUUACAGGCAAGACAAACGUAUAUUAA